CCAGAAGUUAUUGUUGUGAAAGGCAGUGUCGUGUACCACCACUGUGUAGUAGUGUAACUCGUAAAUUUGUGUUGUGUUUUUUGAAGAAUUGUUGUCCUGUAUUUCUUUCUGGGUAUUUCGUACUUCUUUUCGUCACAUCACGGUUUCGAGUAUUAUUUGUAGUGGUCAUAUUCUGAGGCCCGCAAUACAAGGGCUGGACUCCCCCACCAGUUUGAUUUAACCUCUUGAAGGUUGCUUUGUGUUGUGUUUAAAGGGUGAUUGAUAGUUCCUUUCAUCGCAAGUUAAGUCUCUUGUCGUCCUAGUGGAGUUGACAUCGGUGAAACCAUGGAGGCUGAGAAAAGAGCCCAUCACAAUGCGCUAGAACGCAAACGCCGUGAUCAUAUAAAAGACAGUUUCAGCAGUUUGAGAGACUCAGUUCCUGCACUUCUAAAUGAGAAAGUUGCCAGCCGUGCUCAGAUACUGAAGAAAGCAUCUGACUAUAUUCAAUAUAUGCGAAGAAAGAACAAUGCACAUCAGCAAGAUAUUGAGGAUCUGAAGAGGCAAAAUUCUCUUCUUGAGUCUCAAAUCCGUACAUUAGAAAAAGCAAAGGCAACUGGAAACUUUGCAGCUGAGUCAAGUGAAGGUUUAUAUAAGGGUGACUCAAGAGAAUAUCAGGACUCUGAGUCUGAUAUUUCUGACACCGAGGUACCUCGCAAUCCUCGUCGCAAGAAGCUGAAAGUUGCUGGUGUUGGCCUUGGGUCAUUGUGAAAUGCCUACGUGUAAAAUUGUGAAGAAAUGACUUUCGUUUCACAUUCUGAAAGCAACUGUGCACAUGUUGACCAGCUGAGAAUCAGGGAAAAUUGGGCUAAUUUAUCUCUAUUGAUCUCUAUGUAUAUGGUCUUUUUAUUUUCUAUUGCAUUAUUAAUUUGAUAAAUACUAUUGUUCACCAUGCAUAAAAUAAUCUACCUCUAUAACUUCUGCGCAAUUGUACUUUUAAUUUUGUUCAAGGGAUAUACAAGAGCUGUCUUCUAUCAUGUUGAAUAAUCAAGCUGUUUGUGGACCAGCUGUUUAAUUAUAUGUAAAUUGUUGCAGUUGAAUAAUAAUUUCAGGUAUGUAGGUAUAAAAUUCUGUGCAUUUUUCAUGUUUGGUUUGGCCAUGCUAGUGCAUGGAUCUGUGAUACGCACGUCUAAAAGCCUUAUUAUACUUUUCUUGUUCAAAUGUAAUAGAAGGACCAAAACCACAGCCUUUCUUACGCAUUGCUGUGUUUACUCUUUUAGUUUCUAUGGAUUUGAGCUGUUAUGUUCAGCAGUGGUAUGUCUCCAUUUUUUGUUUUCAAUUUUAAUUGGCUUUCAGUCUAGAAUUGUCCUUUCCUAUUCAAGCAAGGCUUCUCUCCUACUCAUGCUUAAUAAAUUACCUCCCCUAACCAUUAAUGUUUGUCCUUUUUUCUUUUAUUUCUGUUUGAAAGACUUUCUAUGUUUUUAAUUACUCAGUGACAUUACAAUAAGAAUGAAAGCAAAUAUGUACAAUGUUGUCCAUUUCUUCUGUACUGUUUUUCCUACGGAUAUCAGCUGUAGUGGGUGCCUCUAGUGCGUAAUGACAAAAUGUCCACUACUUGUAGGUAAGAGAUCUAUCUCAGAUAUGCACUAUGUGACCUUUGCUUCUAUUGUAAGCUUAAGUGACAUAGUAUCUAUGUACUUUACUUGUAAAAUAUUGUUUAGAUUUAAUUGAUACAAGCUCAGUCCAGAUAAUGUAACACAUUUAUUGAAAUGUAAUCAAUAGUAAAGGAUGUGUGUAUUAUUUCUAGAUUUGAUAAUGUAUCAAUAAAUUUCUGUAGGUUUUUUUUUUCAAA